UCAAUCGUAAACAAAGGAAACGCAAGUCAACUUUUUCCAUCUUGAAAGCUCCCAGUUUUUUUAAUUUUUAAGCAUCAUCGAUUAGCGUUUUGAGACCAAAGUCUACUAUACUGAUUGAAUAUAGAACAAUUUUUACUCUAUCGUUUGGUUUCUGCAAAAUUACCAACCAGUUAUAUAGGACUGGUGUGAUCAUUCUCUGAGUGGUUCAACUGUCCAACGAUUUGAGCUUUGGCCUUUUCGAGGCAAAAUGGGUCGCGUAUUUUUGGAGCAUAUAGGUGGUUCAAGGAUAUUCUCUUGUGCAUCAUGUGACACAGUUCUCACUAAUCGCAGCGAACUUAUCAGCACCCGAUUCACAGGAGCCACAGGUCGAGCAUUUCUCUUCAACCGAGUUGUCAAUCUUAGUUAUAGCGAGGUUCAAGACAGAGUGAUGCUGACUGGACGACACAUGGUACGUGAUGUCUCUUGCAAAACGUGCGACACAAAGCUCGGAUGGAUCUACGAGUUUGCGACAGAGGAAAAUCAGCGCUAUAAAGAAGGCCGUGUCAUCUUGGAGCGAGCUCUCGUCACUGAAAGUGAUGGAAUCGAUGAACACAUGGGAGACGAUUGACUAUCUGCGAUCUUUCAGAAUGUCGAGGUUUGAAGAAAUUGUUGUUCAGUCUAAGAACUUUGGUGCCAGCGUACGCUGCUCCUAAAAUAGAGUCUGUUUUCUGUUACUGACUCUCUACGUUUAUGCAUCUGUAGGUGAUGGAGGUUUGGUGUCCCAGGCUGAAAAGUCAAAUUUUGAAGCACACUUGCUGGAAAAUCUAUCUAGUUAGGGCAAUUUUUAUGAAUUAAGAGUAGAUGCAGCCUCUCAAGAGAAGGAACCUUACCUUCACUUUACUAAUGUGAAAAAUCCGUCUAUUUUGCCAUGAGAAAGAGAAAUGUCUUCGUUUUCAGUAUAUUUCUGAAACAGGGCCCAAAUUUUGUUGGCUAUAGUCGUCUGCAAGUUAAUCUUGACUACAAGUUGGGGAAAUUAUAUUCUAAACUGGAAGUUUAAGCAAGUUGAGUUUUUUACAUGGCCGUCUCAAGCCAUCCUUAGUUCCUUAAUGGUGCAAACCAUUAAUGAGCAAUCAAUUAACAAAGUCAAAGUUCUUGCCUCAACUUGCAAUCGGCUCCAAACUUGGCAACAAAAUUUGGUCUUAGAAUCAUUUUGUCUUUCACUGUCUGUGCGUGAGAAAAUUCAAAUUUGUUCUACAGUGUAAUGAAAGUUUUUAAUUUAUCAAAUCUAAUUGAAUUCAAUGUAAUGGACGAUCUUCAGCCAACUAGUGCAGACAAUGCCAAAAUAUCUUGCAUUUUAGUUUUAAUAGCUCACAAUUUUCACCUAAAAUCGUGGGUAAAGUUAUUUUUAUACGCAUGUAUAAUUAGCUAAACACCUAAUGCUGUAAAUUCAUAUCUAAAGUAUGCUUCUACCCCCAAAUCUUGAUACUAAAUUGUCAUUGCUUUGUUUCUCAUAACAUGAUACCCACACCUAUUGAUUGACAAGCAGCAUUUAUUUUAUUUAUAAUAAUUUGAUUCCUCACUUAAUCAAACAGCCUUUAUUAGAAAACUCAUUCUCUAUCCAGAAUUCUAGAUUCAUUAAAAGAGUUUAAAGUGUAUCAUAAGAUUGUUUUUAGUCUCACAAUUAUUUUGGAGAGGAGCUGCUAUUAUAAUUUUAUGCAACUAAAAAAUUCAAGAUAGAGAAUCAAUUUCUCUUUGAAUUCUUCAAGCAUCUUGAAAGGUAACUAUUAUAAUAUUGCAAUUGUAAAAACCAGUGAGCUCCAUCAAAACAAAUUCUGUCAGUUUUGGAGAAAAUAUUCAUGUUUGAACCAACUGCAAGUUUUACAAACAAAAAUAUAGGUCUUAAGUAUAGGUUUGGGUGUAAGUGACCCAGUUUUUAAAAAUUCAGUUAAUUUCAAUUACGUUUUGAUGAGGGAUAAUUUUCUUGAUCACUGGUUGCAGAUCAUUGCCCUCUCAAAAAACCUUUUAAUUUUUAAUUAUUUUGCUAUUUAUGCCAAAAAAUCUCAGUGCAUUAUUGAGUCAGUGUUCACUUAUUAGAUAUUAUAAGACUACGUAUUUUGCGAAGUCAGUUUGAUCUGCAUCGUUUUGACAAAUUUAAAAAGAUUAAUUUGUUCUCAAAGAGAAUGAUCUUUGUUAAAUUCUAACUAGUUAUAAAAGACUGCAUUUAAAAUAGAAAAAUGAGACUUUUUAAAUAAGUCUCGGUAAACUCUCAAUGGGAAAUCUGUUCAUAAAGUAAAAGAUUUGAGAUGAAUGUAUGAAAAAAAAUGGUUAAAGUUGGUUACCUAAUUAAACUGCUAAAAAGUUCUCUAGUUAGAAAAUGGGUUCAUUUACAAUUUGAAGGAGAUGAGAUACAUUGGAAUCAUGUAUUGGAAAAACCUCAUGCAUCCAAAAGUAUUUAAAAAAAAUCUCAGUCCUCACAGAUUAGUACAUACAUUCAAGAGUCAAUAAUUUCCUGCGAUUAUUGAUAAUGGGCCUGUUGCAAACUUUUGCCAGAGCAAAAAUAAGAGUUGUCACUCGCUGAGAGUGUUUCAAAAAUUAUAAUGAGCGCAUCAGCAUAGUCUCUAAUGCACUCCUUACUUCACAAUUUGCAUAAGAAAUGUCCGUUUUUUCGAGCUUCCCGCUUCUAAAACGAUACCACGGCAAAGGUGAACAUUUCGUUUGAAGAGGCAUUCCAUCCAACCCUUGCUUGCAAGGACACUACGCAAUAUUCAACAUAGCCGACGCCAAUUCGCCAACACACAUGUGACAGGACAAUGAUUCUAACCACCUGAUAACAAUCGGCGUGUUUACAUUCACAUUGUUCUCGCAUUGAUAGAUAUCUGCCUUGAUUGACCUCGUGUUCUCCUCAACUUGCGCGCGGAAGCGUCGGCCAUGUUGAGCAAGGAUUGAAUGGAACGACUCCUCUAACAAAAUGUCCAUCUGUGCCGUAGUAUCCUUUUUGAAGCGGGAAGCUCAAAAUAAUGCAAAUUUCUUACGCAGAUUAUGAAGCUAGGAGUGCAGAAUUUGCCGAUGCGAUCAUCGUGAUUUUUGAAACAUUAUCUAUAAGGAACAACUCUUAUUUUUGCUCAAGCAAAAGUUUGCAAAAGGCCCAUUCGAUCAAUUGAUACAUACCAUUUCAUUAUUUUUACUGUUCAUAAAUAUUUCCAUCCCGUUAAUUUCUCACUCAAAAUUGAAAAAAAGCAAUUUAGAUUAUUUAUUAGUACUCUCAAUGAAGUUCUCAGCUUUAAAGAAAGAGAAAUUCUGUGAAGAAUGUAAAAGUUGUUAAUCAUUCAGUACAACUUUUGCGAUAAGAGUUUCAGCCAUUAGAAGUGUACAUUUGUUCCUAAUCUAAGCCCAAUACAUUAUAGUUUGUUUCAAAUAACUUCCACUUUAAAUUUGUAUUUACUUCUCUUUCUUGAAUACAUUUUUUGUUAAAUUUUUUU